AUAUAGCUUAAGCCUCACAAUCUCAUAAUAUCAAAUCAAACACUCCUUCGAGUAACCGCAAAGUUGUAAACCCAAAACACAAAACACUAACACAACAAUCAUUAUUCUCAUCAUUCAUAUCAAACUUUUUCUUUUAAAUUCACAAAAAACAAAAAAAAUUAUUAUUAUCAUAAAAAAAUAUGGAUGCUACAAUAUUUAUGUCUAGUGAUUUUCCUUCAUUUGAAUCUCUUCAAAUUCAAAACCACUUGUUUGAUCUUGAACUUGAACACCCUUUCAUCAUGGAUGCUAAUUCCAACCAUCAAUUGUACGGUUCACUUCCAAGUCCCACGUUAUUAGAUUCUAAUGUCAAUGAAGACGCGUGUAAAAUCGGAUCAUCAACGGCUUUGUGUAAACCUAGAGUGCCAGCACCGGAAUGGAAGCGAUAUAGAGGCGUAAGGCGAAGGCCGUGGGGGAAAUUUGCCGCCGAGAUAAGGGAUCCAAAGAAGAAUGGAGCUAGAGUUUGGCUUGGAACUUACAAAACCGAAGAAGAAGCUGGUUUGGCUUACGAUAAAGCCGCUUUCAAGAUGCGUGGUAGAAAAGCCAAGCUCAAUUUUCCCCACCUCAUCGGCUCUGAUUUGCCGGUGGAGCCGAUGAUAGUGGUGGAAGCUUCGGAGAAGACUCUGCAAAAAUCUAAUUUGGAUUCCUCGCGAGGGAUCAUAAAGAAGAAGAAGAACUUAGUUGAUGUAUUGAAUAGGUUAGCUAAUAGUAAAAGAGAGUUAAGUGGAGGAUUUGAAAUGGGUUUAGGGAUUGAUAAUGUUCAUGUCCAUCAAUGGCUGAAUGAUUCUGUGCUGUAAAAAUACUGCUCAAUAGCUUUCUAUGUUACUAGUACAGUUAAGGGACACAAACCCAAAUAAUAUCUUGUUAGCUUUUUUUUUUUUUAAUUUGAUAAACCAUGAACUACUAUAUCUAUAUAUAAAGAUA